AUGGUCGAUAUAUUUAAAUCGGCCAUUGAUGCAGCAUUUGGCGCUGGAUCAAGCGCUCGCAUAACAAAUAAUAUAGGAUUUCCUGGUGGAUUAUCAACACAAGCAAGUGCAGGUGUUAAAAGUGAUUUUACUGGACAAAUUGUUGAUGUUGGUAGUAUUCGAUUGAAAAUUGGAAAUCAAAUAGCGGAAGGCGGCUAUGCAUUAGUUUUUAUUGCUUACGAUGUUAAAACCAAUAAAGAAUAUGCAUUGAAGAGAUUAUUCGCUGCAGAUGAUAGUGCAAAAAAAGCUAUUGCUCAAGAAAUAUCAUUUCUACAAAAAUUAAAUGGACAUCCAAAUAUCGUUCCGUAUAUUGCAGCUGCAUCAAAUCAAGAUACAACAUUACGUCGUACAGAAUAUCUUCUUGUUACAGAAUAUUGUUCAGGUGGUCGAUUAUAUGAACGAGUUGUAUACCGUAAAAACCCAUUAGAAGUUGAACAAGUUGUACAAAUAUUUUAUCAAAUUUGUCGAGCUGUUAAACAUAUGCACGAACAACAGCCACCUAUAAUACAUCGAGAUUUAAAAGUUGAGAAUUGUCUUUUAACAUCAACAGGUUUUAUUCAAUUAUGCGACUUUGGCUCAGCGACAACUAAAGUUUUUCUACCUGAUGAAACAUGGACAGUUAAAAAACGAGAUUACGUUGAAGAUGAAAUGACUAAAGUAACAACACCAAUGUAUAGAGCACCGGAAAUGCUUGAUACAUAUAAUAAUCAUCCAAUUAAUGAGCAAGUUGAUAUUUGGGCACUUGGCUGUCUUCUGUAUUAUCUAUGUUUUAUUAAUCAUCCAUUUGAAGAUUCAGCAAAAUUAAGAAUUCUUAAUGCGAAAUAUACAAUACCAGCAAAUAAUACGAGAUACACGGUACUUCAUGAUCUUAUACAUACAUUAUUAAAAAUUGAUCCUGGCCAACGACCAACAAUUCAUACCUUAGUUGAAAAUAUUGAAGAUUUAGCCAUAGGAAAUGAUAUCGGUCUAAAUGAACCACUACUUUUUCUUUUCAAUGCAAACGAUACAAUUACUUCAACAAAUACAACUACUUCUUCAGCUGCUGAUGGAAAUCCAUCAACAGCGAAAGCACCACUUGCUGCGAAUAAUCCAUCGUUAAAUGCUGGCGUUAGUAGUUAUAUUCCAUCAUCAAUAAAAGGAUUAAAUAUAUCCGGAAAAUCGUGGAUGAAAAGUAUCAUUGAUACAUCAUCAAAAGUUAUCAAUGAAGGUGUUCAACAAGUUAAACAAACUUUGGCAACAAAUGUUCCAACGAACUUAACACCAGGAAGUUCAAUGGGUGUAGGUCAUCAUCAACAAAAUCAUCAUUUUGAAGUUGAUCUUAGUUAUAUUACAUCGAAAGUAAUCGUAAUGGCUUCGCCACGCGAUAAUCCAUCUGAAUUAUCGGGUCGUCAAUCAGCAGAACUAAUUCGUGAUUUACUCGAUACUAAACAUUCUCAAUCAUACAUGUUAUUUUCACUUGAUCAACAUCAUCGGGGCCAUCAUUCAUAUCGCAAAGAAUUAUUUCAUAAUAGAGUGAUCGAUUUACCAUUGUGUGAUGAAAAGCAUUCUCCACGUUUAGUUGAUUUAUUAUGUUUUUGCCAAAAGAUUAGUUCAUUUUUACUUGAAUCGUCAUCAAAUACAGCUGUACUUCAUUGUGCUGAUGGAAGAAAUCAAAUAGCUUAUGGAACAUGUGCAUUAAUUGCGUAUCAUGGAAUAUUUCCACAAGUUGAUCAUAUUGUUCGAUAUUAUGAAUCGCGUCGAUGUGCACAUCCAUUUUUAACAUUUUCUCAGAGAAGAUAUAUUCAAUAUUUAUGCGAUUUAUCAUUUGGCAUUAUUGAAAAACCACAUUUUACUGAAUUGAUACUUAAAACAAUAAACUUAUCGCCAGUACCAUUAUUUAAUCGAGAAAGGAAUGGUUGUCGACCGUACGUUGAUGUUUUUAAUCAAGAUUAUAAAAAAAUAUUUUCAACAUAUCAAGAACCAAAUAAACUUCGAGUAUUUUGUGCAACGGAUGGUGUUUGUCCCAUCCCAUUAAACAUUCCAUUUAAUGGUGACCUUACUAUUCAGGUGUCACAUGCUCCUGUCGGAUUAUCUUUACAUGCACAUGAUGGUGGAAUACGUAUGUGCGAGUUGACAAUCAAUUCAAAUUUUUGCACAGUAACUCAUUCAGAAUUAUCUUAUUCAAGAUAUGAAUUGGAUGGUAUUGAUCAAACUGAAAAAUAUCCUCCAUCAUUUCGUCUUACACUGGAUACAAUAUGCUCAAAGAAAACUUCAUCCGUUGAUCAAGAAAUGAUCUCAAAACAAUUAGAUAAUACAUUUAAAAAGCCACAAUGUUUAUUCAAAGAUGAAAUGGAAUUUCGACAUACCAUUGAUGAAUAUGGCGAUGGUCAUCAAUAUCAUGGAAGUUACACCACUGAAUCUUCGCCAUCUAGUUUUUCAACAAAACUCAAUGUUGAACCAUCGCAAAUUUCAAAUGUUAGUAACCCACCUUCACCUCAAACAAAUCGCCAAGUAUCUCAAACAAAUCGUCAAGUAUCUCAAACACCACCAUCAGCAUCCACUUUAUUUGCUAAUCCAUUUCAAGAACAACAAAUUGAAUCAAAUUCUUCAUUGAAACAAGAAGCACAAAGUAAUAAAGAUAUAGCUAUUGGUACUCUUCUUGAUAUAACUGGCGAUGAUACACAUCAUUCUCAACCUCAAUCAACACCACUAACAAAUACGGAAAACGAUUUAUUCGAUUUACAUAUUGAUACUCAAACGCAUUUCUCUACGUCAUCCAUGAAAACGACCGAUUUACUAGGAGUUGAUUUUAAUUCAAUGCCAUUAGAUAAACCAAUUUUACAUCGCAAUGCAUCAGCUACUGUAUUACCUGCACCUAUUCAAGCAACCGCCAUUCUGAAAGCAGAAACAAAAUCUUCUUCAAAUCAAAAUAUUGAUCGUCUUGAUCCAUUUAAAGAUUUGUUUUCAUCAUCAGUACCACUUAAAACACCAAGUAAUGAAAGUCUUGCUUCAAAACAAGCAGCAGCAGCAACAACAGCUGCAGCUAAAAUAUCCAGCACAUCAUCAACAACAUCACUUCCAAAUUAUAAUAUAAAUCUAGCAACUAAAUCUGCCGCUCCACCUAUACAACCACAACAAACAAAUCCAAUUAAACCAAAUGCAAGUACAACUCGUCUUCAACCAUCCAAAAUUGACUUUGAUACAUUAGUUCGUGAACAAGCUGGAAUGUCUGAUUUUGGUUCAAAAGCUCGACAAGGUACAGCGGCAAUCGGUGAUAUCCGUAAAGCAGAAUUGGCCAAAGAACUUGACCCAACAGUUCUUAAGGUUCGAGAAUGGACUGAAGGAAAAAAGAGAAAUAUUCGAGCAUUGUUAUGUUCAUUAUCAACUGUUACAUGGGCUGAGUGUACUUGGGGAGGAUGUCAAAUGCAUGAUUUAGUAACGCAUGAUCAAGUUAAAAAAGUUUAUAGAAAAGCAGUACUUCAUAUUCAUCCUGACAAACUUCGCGGUGAUCCAAAUGAAGAAUUAGCAAAGUUUAUAUUUGUUGAACUUAAUGAAGCUUGGUCUCAAUUUGAACAAGAAUCUAAUUAA